AUGGACGUCUCAAGCAACAAUCUCUUCCGCUUCUCCAAACCCGAAUGGCUUAAUAACUCUGCCGUCCGCAACGCGGGCGUCUACACCUCUGGCGCACUGUUCGCUGCUGGCUUCUUCUUCCUUAUCGAUGUUGCUUCCUUCUCGCACAGCGCCCGUAACGGUUCCGACGUGCACAUCAAGUUCGUCGACUGGAUUCCCGGCAUCUGCUCUGCGUUGGGUAUGCUUGUUAUCAACUCGAUUGAGAAGUCGAGGCUGCAGGCCGAUAGCUUCAGUUAUAGCGGGAGCGGAGUUGCGUGGAAGGCGCGCUUUGUGCUUUUCCUUGGGUUUGCGCUUUUGGCUGGUGGUCUAGCAGGGAGUGUGACGGUUUUGGUCCUCAAGUACAUUAUCAAGGAUUAUCCGAUACAGACACUCUACUUUGGAAUUGCCAAUGUGGUAGCUAAUGCGCUGGUUAUGAUGAGCUCCGUCGUACUCUGGGUCUCGCAGAACAUUGAGGAUGAUUACACCUACAACCUUGCCCUGUAA